UACGCUUCUCUGAAAAAAAAAAAUCUCAGAUCCCGCCUGAACCCUAGCCAGCGCGGCGGCCGGGGAUGGUGGCGAAGAAGCCGGCCGCGGCUGCGGCAGCCGGCCCGGAGGCGGAGGAGCGGAGGCGCCUGCGGUCGCUGGCCUUCUCCAAGGGCCUGCUGCAGCGCGGCGAGCCGGCGGCGCCGCGGGCGGCGCUGCCGCCGUCCGGCGCCGUGGCGCGGCUGCAGGGGCGCGACAUCGUGCGGCCGCGGGGCCAGCGCAGAGGCCGCUUCCUAUUCUCCUUCCCCGGCCUCCUCGCGCCCGCCGCCGCCGGCGGCCGCGUCGGGGAGCUCGCCGACCUCGGCACCAAGAACCCCGUCCUCUACCUCGAGUUCCCGCAGGGGAGGAUGAAGCUGCUGGGCACGCACGUGUACCCCAAGAACAAGUACCUCACGCUGCAGAUGACCAGAUCCGCCAAGGGCGUCGCCUGCGAGGACGUCUUCGAGAGCAUGAUUGUGUUUUCCGAAGCCUGGUGGGUCGGGACCAAGGAGGAGAACCCCGACGAGCUCAAACUCGAGUUUCCGAAAGAGAUGCAGAAUGCUGCGGAAGAUGUUGAUUUUAAAGGCGGGGCAGGUGCUGCCAGUGGCGAGCUAGUUACAGUAAAUAAACCCAGAAAGCAGGCCGCUGUGCCCCGCACAGCAGAGCCCCGCACACCAGAGCCCCACACACCAGAGUAUGAAUCCGAUGCCGAUUCAGAGGAUUCAGAUGUUAAGGAUGAGAUUGGCACGCAGACUACGAGUGAUACACCUGUUAGGAAAUCUGCCAGAACUGCUGGGAAGACCUUCAAGUUCGCAGAGCUCGCUGGAGGAGAUUCGGCUGAAAGUGACACUGAGAUUGAGUUUGCUGAGGACUUGGAUGAGAAGAUGAAGACUGAAGAAAUUAAGGAAGAAAUCCCAGGUGAAGACAUUAAGGAGGAAAUCCCAAGUGAAGACAUUAAACCUGAAGAUUCUCCAGCAGAGUCUCUUUCUAUCAAGAAGCAACCACUUGUUCAGGCUAAUUUGUCUACCAUGUUUAAAAAAGCAGAAGAAAAAAAGAGACCUACAACUACAAGAAGUCCUAAAGGAUCUCCAGCUACAAAAGGUCCUGCUGCUAAGAAGCCGCGAGCAACUCCAACGAAAAAACAGUCACCAGCGAAGAAGGAAGCAAGUGGAUCUCAGAAAAAGCAAAAAGCAAAGGUAGAAGAAGAUGAAAUUGAAGAGCUCUCGGGUGAUCCCUCUCAGGAUGAUGAUGCAGCUCCUGCUAAGAAGCAGCGAGGAACCCCAAAGGGAAAACAGUCAGCAGCAAAGAAGGAAGCAAGCGGAUCCAGGAAAAAGAAAAAGGCGAAGGUACUACUUUUUGGAACUUAUAACAUAUUUUGUGUGCCAAAAUGUGUGCAUGCCUGUGAAGCUGAAGGAGUUGUGUUUCCGUUUCGUGUCACAGGUAGACGAGGAGCUCUCUGAUGAAUCCUAUCAGGACGACGACAUGGGCGAGGAGGAGGACGAUGAUAGCGAUGACGACUGGGCCGGGUAAGGAGUGCUCAGAUCUGACAUGCCGUGGAAAUGGUGGAUCGGGGAUGAGCGACCCUCCCAUCCUCCCUGGCGUGUGUAGUAGAGCAGCGUGCAUAGAGUGAGUGUGUUUGCUCUUUUUAGCUUAGCAGUGUGAAAAAAUGUUUGUUUGUUGAUGUACAAAUACUAGAGCAUCUCACUCCAUGUGUACCGCAGGAAUCCGAUCCCGGCCCACGCGGGUUGUAAUACGAGUAGAAAUUGCGAGAUAUAAUUCGCUAGACAUGUUUGUUUGUUGUAAUAACAGGAGCAGAAAUCGUUGCGAGGUUGUGCUGAUAAAUUCAAGGUCCAUAAGCUUAUGCUAGGCUCUGCUUGGAUGGCAA